AGCUCCUCUCUUCUCAUUCUGCGCGAGAAUAACAAAAAUGUUUUCUUAGACAACGUCUAUUGUGUCACGGAUGACUCUUCACAGUUGAACCGAGCUGAAAUAACAAGGAAUGAGAUUGUUUUUAGGGUCAGGGUAGGUGGAAAAAUCAUAGGGAGGGAUAGAAAGAGAAAGACUGAAAAAGAUGAUAUAUGACACAGAUGGUUAAGGCCCAUCCAGUUGCAGGUAAGAGAAGAGCUGAUUGGCUGUCAGCAGCAUCAGUGCAAAGGAGUUACUUGUUUAGCAAAGUUAGAUGUGGUUUUGAAGACACAAACAGACAUACAACUUGUGCUGAAAUGCUUAGGACUUAAGAAGUAGGUGUCUGGAUAUUUUGGGAAACUGUGGAAGAAUUAAAAUAGUAGAGGUGUCAGAACAUCAGGAUUGAUGAAGUGUAUGUUGGAGAAUUGUAGGUACAAAUUUAGAUGUUAUAUUUGACACAUUGAUUCUCUAACAUUAUUUUGAAAGCAAGUUUCGUGGCAUGGAUUACUUUUCACGUCUUUUAACUGCUACCAUCUGUAAUGGAUAUUUUAUAACAGACCAAGAACAACUACUAAAAGAGGUCUAUGGAAAUGCAGGAUCUAGCUAGUCCACACAGCCGAGUAAGUGGAAGCAGUGAGUCCCCCAAUGGUCCCAACAUCGACAACUCGCAUAUAAAUAACAAUUCCAUGACACCAAAUGGCACUGAAGGUGAUAACAUCACUAUGCUUACCACAGCUGACUGGUUGUUAAGUUCUAGUUCACAGUCCGCUGCAGUUAAAACAGAGCCAAUGAGCAGCGCUGAAAUCACCACCUCUGUAGCAGACGGCUCCCUAGACAGCUUCUCAGGAUCAGCCAUUGGAAGCAGUGGCUUCAGCCCAAGACAAACUCACCAGUUCUCUCCCCAGAUUUACCCUUCCAACAGACCUUAUCCACACAUUCUUCCGACUCCUUCCGCCCAAAAUAUGGCAGCGUACGGACAGACGCAAUACACCACAGGAAUGCAGCAAGCUGCUGCCUAUGGCUCGUACCCUCAGCCAGGCCAACCCUAUGGAAUCCCAGCCUAUGGUCCAUUGUGGGCAGGCAUCAAGACAGAGAGUGGACUGACCCAGGCCCAGUCUCCAGGCCAGAGCGGCUUCCUCAGCUACAGCUCCAGUUUCUCCACACCUCAGACGGGACAAGCGCCCUACAGUUACCAGAUGCAAGGAGGCAGUUUUACAACAACUUCAGGGCUUUACGCUGGCAGCAAUUCCCUCACAAACUCGACUGGAUUCAACAGUACACAACAGGACUACCCCUCCUACCCCGCUUUUGGGCAGAGUCAGUACGCGCAGUAUUACAACAGUAGCCCUUAUACCUCGCCCUACAUGACCAGUAACAACACCAGCCCAACAACGCCCUCCACCACGGCUACCUACACCUUACAGGAACCUCCAUCAGCUAUCACCAGCCAGGCCCUUACAGAGCAACCUGCAGCAGAGUACAGUACAAUCCACAGUCCAUCAACCCCCAUUAAAGAUUCAGAAUCGGAUCGAUUGCGUCGGGCCUCGGAUGGAAAGUCACGUGGCCGGGGGAGAAGGAACAACAACCCAUCCCCUCCUCCUGACUCUGACCUUGAGCGCGUGUUCAUUUGGGAUUUGGAUGAAACAAUCAUCGUUUUCCAUUCCUUGCUCACAGGAUCUUACGCCAACAGAUUCGGAAGGGAUCCUCCGACGUCGGUUUCAUUGGGACUAAGAAUGGAAGAGAUGAUCUUCAACUUGGCCGACACGCAUUUCUUCUUCAACGACUUAGAAGAGUGCGAUCAGGUUCAUAUUGACGAUGUGUCGUCGGACGACAACGGCCAGGAUUUGAGUACGUAUAAUUUUAGCACGGAUGGAUUCCACGCCGCUGCUACUAGUGCCAACCUGUGCCUGGCCACUGGCGUAAGAGGAGGUGUGGACUGGAUGAGAAAGCUUGCGUUCCGCUACAGACGAGUAAAAGAAAUUUACACCACCUAUAAAAAUAACGUCGGAGGUCUGCUCGGCCCAGCCAAAAGGGAAGCCUGGUUGCAAUUGCGAGCAGAAAUUGAAGCCUUGACGGACUCCUGGUUAACACUGGCACUGAAAGCACUAACAUUAAUUCACUCGAGGUCGAACUGCGUGAACAUCUUGGUGACCACAACACAGCUCAUACCUGCUCUCGCAAAGGUUCUCCUCUAUGGCCUCGGAGUCGUGUUUCCAAUCGAAAACAUCUACAGCGCCACAAAAAUAGGAAAAGAGAGCUGCUUUGAAAGGGUGAUUCAGAGAUUCGGGAGGAAAGUUGUUUAUGUGGUGGUGGGCGACGGCGUGGAGGAGGAACAAGGAUCGAAAAAGCACAAUAUGCCUUUCUGGAGGAUAUCUAGUCACUCUGACCUCAUGGCCCUGCACCACGCUCUCGACCUGGAGUACUUGUAGCAUCCUGACGUUCUGUACCAGGCUGCGCACGGGCCCCAACACCAUCAUCAGCAUCGCCAGCCUUCUGCGUCGCCCGAGUGUCUGCGUUCCCCCCCCAAAAAAAUGCUUCAUACACAUAACACAGAAAGAGCAGAACCCGAGCGACACGCUCAGCGUGUCGACACAUGGCCGGAAUUCGUCUUAACCCUAAACCUUUUUCGAAGCAGAGGAGAGUGAAUUUAUGGCGCUGCAGCUGCUGGCCCUGGUUACUGUGAAUUGGCUUUUUUUUUCGAAAGCCAUCAAAAUGUUUUACAGCCCUGUCUGUGCGGGGCACUCGGCAAGGGUUCACACCUGUGACGAAACUGAGCUACCGAUGCCUUUGGAACAUAGCAGGACUCCGCUCCCACCGCAACAUGGUGUAAUCUUCCUCCCUGUUUGUUUCCGUACGCCUCCGUCUAUUUCAACGGUACAAAGACAAUAGGGCGUGGCCUCCUGGUUUCCAGGCUUGAUAACCGUUCGUCUGGAUGUCCUGCGCUUCUUAUUUAUGAUCUGAAACUUUGUGGAGUGGCACCGGCUUCGUGCCUUUUCGCAUCGCAACGUACUUUGGUUCCACUAUACCAAUGGAUUUUCUAGUAAUUUAAGGAAAAAUUUAACGAAACGUUAUUUACAUUGCAGAGACAAUCGUGUACAGACAAUUUUUGUGUGUAAAUUUGUAAUCACUGGACUAUUCCUUCCUAUAUUGAUUAUGGUACAUGCUGUGGAAAGGUGGCAAUGUUUUUUCAUGGAAGUACAUAAAGGCGUCCGCGCACGGUAAUUUGCGCCGAAAGCCGAAAAGUGUUGACGUGUUUAAGAUUUUGUUCAAUAAAUAAAUGUAGAUAUAAGGAUUUUUUUGUGAUAAUUGUUUUGUCAUGACCAAAAGCAUGGAUGUCAAGUGUCAAUGAUUUCGUAUUUCCUUCAUUGAUGUUUAUUUUCUUUGUACGCUUCCGCUCUUCGAAGUUGUGCUGAGAUACAGACUCGAGGAUUGAAAUGUGACACUUUUGUUCAUAAAGGGGCGCUUUUCUAGAAUGUCUGGGAAGAAUUGUUUAACUCCCAGGGGUAUCCCAAACAAAACUUCAUCACGAAUCGCAUAAGCAGCAUAUUAAUAAUAACUUGUUAAGAACUUAAUCCUCUGAAUGUCAAACUAAAUGUAAAUGUCUGUUUUCCACUGCUUACCCCUACCUGACGCUGGACCUCCGUGUCCACAACAGGCCUUCAAAAUUGGGUUUGUUAUCUUUUGUACCAGCGCUGAAAUGCAAACUCUUGUACAGCAAGUGUAAUUUUGUAUGAAGUAGUGUUUUUAUUUGACUAAGAAAAGUCUUCUGUGUCCACUUGAAAAUCACUGUAGUCGGAUUUUCAAUAUGCAUAUUGAUAGUUGUUAGGUACCUAUGGACUGAUAAACUCUUAGCUGUUGGACUUUAAGAAAGCCACUGCUCACUCACACGGGCACACAUAUGCACCUAUACACACGCUCACGAUGGAGUUGAGAACAUACAUGUGCUAUCGACUGUGAAUUUCCCCAGCUAACUCAAUCUGUUUUUAAUUUUCCCUCCCAGCACAUGAUGUUGCUUGGCUCCUGCAGGUGAGGUCUUCUGUUAGCCGAGUUUUUUUUCUCUCACCACAUUUACAAUUUCACCCGCAACCCUGCCACCCCCCAUAUCGGGGAAUCACAUUUUGCUGCUAGAUCACGGUAAACGUAGACAUGGUUUUGUAGAGUAAACACGGCAAGAUUUUUUUUGUAUGUUGCAAUCAUAAUGCAAACUGGAAAUAAUUUACAAUACGUGGGCCUCAUUGUGAAACGCAGUUUGUUGUGUCUGCAAAAAAGAUGUGUACAGAUGUUUUUGACAUUAUUAUUUGAUUGUUUAAAUUAAUAAAAACUGAUUUGUGAACUGUUACA